AUGGCGGAUCAAAGAACUGAACUACUCAAAACAUUGAUGUCCAUGUUCCCUGAUGUUGAUGCUGAAAUAUGUGAGACAAUUUUAGACACGAAUAACGGUGAAUUGGAAUUAAGUAUAAAUUCUUUAUUGGGUAUGUCUGACCCAAAUUAUAAAAGUGAAGAGUCUAUUCCGGUUCAAACUGAAUCUGGUGUCACUUCGUCUUCAAGACAGCAAAUAGAGAGUGAUGAAGAAUUGGCAAGGUACUUGGCCGCUGAAGCUGACAAGAAGUUACCAGUCAUCAAAGAAAAGAUAAUUCAAGCUGCAGACACGACAAAAAAGAAGAUGAAUGAAUGGUAUGAAAAAUUAAAACAACAAACUUCUUCACCAAGAAAUGAAAAUCAAUUUUCAACCCCACAAUAUACAAAUUUACCAAAAGACGAGGCUGAUAAUCCAAUGCUUGGCGAAGAUUUUUCCGAAUCAUUGAAUUCCCACAAGAAUAAUCAACAACAGAAUACCAUCAAUAUUCAUCAACAUGUAAAACGCGGAUUACUGGCCAGUGGUCGUUUAAAGUAUCUUUAUCCCAAGAGUGACCAUUUGCCAGAUCCACCACUCAAACAACCAAAGGUUAAAAAGGUCAAGAAAGAACAACCAUGGAUGGUUCAACAAACUUACAAACAAGCGCUAACAGGUCUUUACGCUGGCAAACACAUUCAAUAUGGUAACCAAAUCUCUGAGUUUGGUAACAAAUCACGGCGCACGUGGAAACCGAACGUUCAAAAAGUUAAAUUAUAUUCGGAAGCGCUUAAUGAAAGAAUUUCGAUCAAGGUCACACCUCUUGCACUCAAAAUAAUGGACAGAAAAGGUGGAUUGGAUAAAUAUUUGCUUUCUAUGAGGGAUAAAGACUUAGGUGAACCGAUGUACAGGUUGAAACAUAGAAUUGCUAGAAUUUUAAAGGGAGAACCCGAUAUAGAACCAAGCAAAGAGCAGAAGAAAAAAGAGAGAAGAAAAAGAAAAUACGCGUUGUUACAGCCUGGAGGUGUGAAAAAUGUAAACUAG